AUGAAAAAUCCUGUACCCCUGGAAAAGAGAGUUGCCAUCACUCUCUAUAAAUUGGCAAGCAAUCUGGAGUUCCAUGAUGUGGCAAAUUUAUUUGGAGUUGGUAUCAGCACAACAUGUGACAUUUUUUGGGACGUGUGUAAAGGACUUUGCCAAAUUAAGAAGAAAUAUGUGACAAGGCCGAAAAAUGAGGCAGACAUGAAAGAUAUCAUUGACGGCUUUGAAAGCAAGACUGGAUUCCCAAUGUGUGGGGGUGCUCUAGACGGCACACAUAUCCCCAUUAUUGCACCCUCAGCAUACCACACAGACUACCACAACCGUAAAGGUUGGUACAGUGUGCUGCUUCAAGGCCUUGUAGACUGUAAUUACAAGUUCCUUGAUUUUGAUGUUGGCUGGCCGGGGAAAUGUCACGAUGCUUUUGUGUUUGAAUGUUCUAACCUCUGCCAGAAGCUUGACAAUGGAACAUUCUUUCCAAAAAUAACAAAAAUGAUAAAUGGGGUUAACAUACCUGUUUGUAUUGUGGCCGACUCUGCAUACAGUCUUAGCAAAAAUGUUAUGAAGCCAUUCCCUGAUGGCACAGCAACUGCUUCCCAGAGGAUCUUUAAUGAGCACCUGAGUCGAGCACGCAUUCAUGUGGAGCAUGCUUUUGGACGCCUUAAGGGCAGAUGGCGGACACUUAUGAAAAGGAAUGACUCAAGGACAAGCAACAUAAAAUACAUUGUCACAGCAUGUAUUGUGCUACACAACUUCUGUGAAAACUACAAUCUGCAGUUCAUCAACACCCCACUACACCCAGAGAGUUGUGAAAUACCUGAGCAGCCACAGGAACACAUCAAUGAUGAUAUUCAAACUGCAUAA